AUGUCCCGCUUACUUCGACUGGAAGGAGGCCCCAACACGAAUGGAAUCACAGGCUCCUCUUCAUACACCACGUCUUCAUCUGUACUACCGUCGAUCUCUGGAGCGUCACCGCUAGACGAUAGUGACAAGAAAUUCAUGCCCAUGCCACCGCAACGUACUGGGAAACCUUAUUCAAAGAAGAAUACACACCUGCACGACAGUCGCAUUCACUUGGAGCCGCUACGUCCUCCGACUGCAGGGGGCAACGGCGUUGGUGGGCGCACGAGUACGAGACUCACAGUCAGUUCAUCAUCCGGUCGAGUGUCUUGGGACUCGACCGUGAUGGAUGCAGGCAGUACCAUAUUGGAGAAUCUGGCCGCGUUUCGGGAAUUGGACCGCAAGUUGCAGUUCUACAAGACUCUAGCGGGUUUGAAGAUGCGCGACGCAGCUCAGUCUGAGCAGUCUUUGCAGAGAACUCUUACCUCUUUGCUGUUUGCUGCAGCAUCGGCGUUGGAUGCAACGGCGGUCGUGCUGUACUCGCUCUCAACUGCUAAAAUUCCGGUGCUGAAGGUUGUAGCCUGCUCCAGUUCAGGGCCUGGCAUCGUUGGCUUCCAGACUUCGCUGGAGACCUUCGCGUUGCGUGGUCUCUUAGAGCAUUUUGGUAACAAUGGCGAGAAUACAGGGCCCGCAGCGACGCACGUUGCUUGUCUUAGGGAUCUGGGGACAUACGACGUUACCUGCGAUGUAGACUCGGUGCUGGGAUUUACGACCGCCAGUGUGCUUGCUGGUGUAUUACCGGAUGAAAAUGGUCGACCGAGGUUUGUGAUGGAAGCGAGAAGUACCCAAGAGGGAUUAUCGUUCUCCAAGGAAUUCAUGCAUGCAACGCUCACAGCAGUCGAGAACGCAGUGUAUCCGUUCGAGUUACAGAAAGCACUUGCACGACAGAGUCGAUCUCAGUCGGUCGUACAGAAAAUGUUGAGUCACGCAAUCGGCCCUGUUGACACCUCCGUAGAGAACCAAGAAGCGAUAGCCAGUGCUAGAACAAGUCUCGAUUCGGAGAGGCUUUCAAACGCAGAAGCUGAAUGGUUACACUCCCCUGAUGUUGGACAAUUAAGUGCAGAGAUCAUGAGUAUUGCGCCGGUUGUAUCGGCAGUUUGUCUUGUUGAACUGCACGCGGACAAAAGCAAGUGUGAAGUUCUUGCUAGUCACGGAAAUGGCUUCGAGGAGAAUCACAGAGAAGUUUUCAGUGGACUAGCAGAGUCUACCAAUGUGUUAUUCCAACGGCUGCUGGAAAGUAUUCGCACAUGCGAACGCUUGGACCUCAGCGACGAUGCAACUCUGAAUUCAACGUUACAGUUACAAGCCGAUGUGGAGCGCUCACUGGAAUUUCUGCCCGUACCAACUAGUAGAGGAGUGGAGCCAUGCGGUGUUUUCUGCCUUGUGUCGAACUCUACCGAGUCAUUAUCUGCAUCAAUGCUCGAAGUAGAGUCUGAACUACCACUCGAAACCAAACUACAGCCGAUUCUGACAGCGAUAGCGCUGGCUUUGGCUGCCAAACAGCGGUCGGAUGACCUGCGAGCAUCGACACGACAAAAGCGACAACUAUUGGCGCUAUGUCGCUCACAUUUACUAGUGGAAUCAGUACGAGAUCCUUCCAGCCUCGUGUCUUUGAUCUGUGAAAUGGGUAGUGCUGUAUUCCACACUUCCCAUGUGACGCUCUACGUCUCUGACACGAUCAAGAAGGAGCUUUGGAGUCUGAGCUCCCUCAGUAGUGUCAAUGGAUUGAGAAUCCCUUACGGACGCGGUAUCGCUGGUCAUGUAGCUGAGACCAAGAAGCCACUGACUGUCCACAAACCGUACGAAGACCCACGCUUCGAUCGGUCUUUCGACGCAAAGUUCGGCUUCAAGACCGAGUGUCUCCUUACUCAACCGGUACUGGACCGUGCAGGCGAGACGGUGGGCGUACUACAAGCGGUCAACUUUGGUCAAUUUCCUGCGGCUAGUCCUCCAGUCGCACGCUAUGACGACGACGUAAUGGCCCACUACUUACGCCUUGUAGCGCACGCACUGCACGUCAACUCUUCGCUAAUUAUUUUCGCCAAGGUGCAGGCUGAUUACUGGGCAAACCGCUCAGCUCAGGACACAGGACGUGAAGACGGUGCGAGUACUGAAAGAAAUGACAGGACUGAUGCGUCUGGUGCUGGGAAUGGGGAACCAGGACUCGAUACCAAGCAUGAAGUGGCGAGUGUUCACUCACUGUUGGAAUUUAGCGGUUUUGACGAGGCCAAGUGUAUCCCUCGGAACAAGUGGAGCACUUUUGCUUAUGCCUGCUGGGUACUUGGCCGCUUUGUCAAGCGCUUGGCGAAGUCGCGGCUACAGCAAGUUGUCCAGAUGCGUCACGAGAGAGCUGAAGGUCUCACAGAUGACGAUGACGAUGAUGACAGCGAUGGGGAUCUGGAAGAAACUGGCAGAGUCCUCCUUCGUCCACGUAUACGCAGUCGUACAGCUUCGGUUGUACGAGCUGGUCGUACACAUUCCUUGAUCACGAGAUGGCAUCGUAUGACUAUGGGGCAGGACGGAUAUGCCCAAGUGGAGGAAUUACUACGGGAUAAUUUCGAUCCAUUGACCAAAUCCAUCUCGGAACUGGAGAAUUACGCGUAUCAACUGUUCGAAGGUCUGGUACUGAUCGGGACGUUCCGGAUAGAGGCGAUCACACUUCGGAUGUUUAUUGGUGAACUCGCUAGCAGAUACCGUGAUGUGCCAUACCACAGCUUCUAUCAUGGGUUUGAUGUGGCGUUAGCCUCGUACGCACUCAUGCGGUCGCCUGAAGUUCUUUCGGUCAUCAAGGAACUGGAAGCUCUGAGUCUACUGAUUGCAGCACUAGGCCACGAUGCCGAUCAUCCGGGCAAUGACAACCAGUUCGAAGUGGACUCGAGCUCUGCACUCGCUCUCUGCUACAAUGACAUCUCCGUACUGGAAAACCACCACGCAGCCACCACCUUCUCAGUGCUUAAGAUGCCUGGCUGCGAUAUCCUCCGUGACUUGAGUGCCAACGCCCGAGCGUCCGCGCGCACACAUAUCGUCCGUUGUAUUCUCGGUACCGACAUGAAGCACCACACCAAGUUGCUGUCCGAAUUGGCAGUCGUAGCCAACGUCCACGAGUUUGAGAACGUUCCAGAAGGACGUCAAUUGAUGCUCAACAUGAUCAUCCACGGCGCCGAUCUUGGCUCAGUAGGAAGGCCUCUCCGAGUGGCACUCAAGUGGGUCGAACGUGUGUGUACAGAGUUCACACAGCAGGCGGAACGCUCAGCCGAGUUGGGGAUCAACGUUCCUCCCCAUCUACUCAAUCUGCAGGAUGAAGCCACUCGCUGCCGUCUGCAAAUGAACUUCAUCGACUACCUCGUGGCGCCUUUGUGGGCGACUAUCGGUAACCUCGUUCCAGCCGCAAAAGAGACGCUGGACAAUCUACGAACCAAUCGACUGUACUUCAAGAAAUGUAAUUUAGAGCAGUUGAAAAAUAGCCGUGGGCACAACGGCUCGACGAUGUUUGGCAUCGGACUCGCGUUGGUGCUGGUAGUCUGCGGUAUCGUGUUCAUUGUGCUGGGGUUCCACGUACAGGAGGCGGAUAGGAAGACCCAGGCGGCAGUGUUGUUCAAAUGGAUGCCGAAAGCUACAGCUUCAGAGACGUCGGCGUCGUUCCUGAACUGUUCGACCUUCACCUUUGCAAUGGACGCACCAGAGGUUACAAGUUUUUACCUCUGGAAUCUCACGAACGCUGAAGAUCUGCUACGUGGGAGUAGAACAGUCCAACCGAAACUCACGCAGGUUGGACCGUACACGUACGAGAAGCGGACACGCAAACUUAAUGUAACUUUCCACGCGAUCGAAGACGACGCGUACGACUCGAACAACUACGGCGCCGUGAGUUACCAGGUGGCUUCCACUUACCAUUUCUCAACUGAACGCUCGAGUGGAUCAGAGAAUGACCUGGUCGUGACGCUCAACGCUUCAUAUGUCCGCCACUUGACCAAACUUCACGCCCAGACUGGGCGUUCGGAGAGAUUUCUCGCUGCCGAAUUCGCACACGCUCAUAUCCGGGACUACGUCAGACACUUGCAGAGCGACUUCCUCGCUGCCACCAAAUUGCGAGCGUUGCGUGCUCUACUACCAGAAAUGGUGGCGAGUGUCAAGCGUGAGGGAAUGACAGCCGUGAUCAAUCGACAGAGACGUCGAGUAGGAGAUGCAAAUUUACCCGCGGCUCUCGUUCGGAUGCACGCGGUGGCACGUACCGAGCAGAUCCCAGUCAUGCUGCGCGACGUAUAUCGAGAUCAAGCAGACGUCGCGAUCCCCCGUUUGUUGACUAAGCAAUAUGAUCUGGCACGGCGACAAGCUGUUCCACGAGUGUUGAGCAAUAUAUACACUCGCUUGCAAGUGGAGGCUGUGCCAGCACUUCUCGGACGGCAGAUAGAAACACAACAGACUAAUUUCGUGCCUCGAACACUUGGCUCUUUGAGCCUCAAAAUCCAGCGAAUUGCGUUCCCGUACGUGCUGCAAGAAGUGUUCGAACGUGCCUGCCUUGAGGUCGUGCCCUUUGUGCUACGUGCCAUCAAGAACGAGAUCGUAGCUCGUGACAUGGCGAACAACCAGGCGACGCUCGAUAACGCGAGGCUUGCAGUGAUUAAUCUGUGGAGACAGCAAGGAAGCACCCCAACAGAUUUAGAUGCGUGGAUCGAUGACAGUCCAACUAAUCAAGAACGAACGGGAUUUGAGUUGUUGCCAGCUACGUCAGCACUGGAACUGAGUCUGGAGGUUGCGACGCUGUUACUAGGCUCCCGGCCGUCGAAUCUGCGCUUUUCACUUGUUGACUACGAUCCGGUACAAACCGCGGCCGACGGACUUGAUGGUCCUCAAACAACAGCAACAGGUUUCGCGAUCUGGAAACAGGUUGUGGCGCUUAACGAGACGGCAAUCGGCUAUGCACUUGAAGGCGUUAACAACGAUGUGGCAUUGGUCGGAGAUUUUCUCACACGAGAGCAAUUGAUGGCGAUUCGUGACUAUAUUAUCUUCUGGGCGCAGAGCGACAUUACACAGCGAGAUAGACAGCGAUUCUGGCGAAAAGCAUUCGACAAACGCACUACCAGUAGCGAUGUGAGCGACCCGGACGUGGAUUUAGACCUGGAACGGGUGGGGGUUCAGUCUGGUUUCAGUCUCCAGCCAUUGUCAGUGUCUUCGAGCGGUGCAAGUGCAAGUGUAGCACAGCAAGCUUGGAACUCUUCGAUCGAAUAUUCUUUCGUUCAUCCUGCAGGUUUUACGAGGUGGUUGAGUGUCGUGGAUGGCACAGCGACAGCAUCGAGUUCUGGAUUGCUAGCAGGAAUUACGGGGGUGACAAAUGCAGAAGUAUCUGUUAUUUCGUCGUGGAUUAAAACCAUGCUAGACGACGGAUUCAUUCGACGUCGAGCUCUGCGGCAUUGGACGGACGGAACUUGUAUGACCGUGAUGCAGUUACCGCGCGAAGAUGGCUGUUUGAGAUACGAUUUGGAGCCGAAUAUCGAAGGUAUUCAACUAGGAUUCGAGAUGAACCCAGACGCAGUGACUGAAAUCGGUUCUGGAAUCUCUGAAAGCGCUCGAGAUUCGCUCUGGGACGUCACUGAGGACGUCUCCUUCUUGAUUCCUGCUCACUCCUCCGAUACGAAAUACUAUGCUCAGUGGUUGCGAGCCAUUCGAAAGAGCAACUACGCACGUCUGAUCAAUGAUUCCCAGCAACUCACAACACUCGCUGUAACGAAGAUUAGUGCCCAAGCAAUUGGUAAAUGGCUCAGUAGCUGGGCUCAAAAUGAACUCAACAAACUCGCGGUGUAUUAUUGGUGGCUACGAAGUACAUGUUGGACACGCGUGGAGCUCAGUAAGACUCAAGUCGGUUCUGCUACUGUAACUACGGGACAAUCAGAGUGCAAAGAGACAUCAAGUGAACAAGAACAAUCCACAGUAUCGAGUAGUAGUAACGUGUCUCCAUUCUUCACAGAUGUGAGAACAUACCAAGUGACGAUAGAUACCUGCACUACUACAGGAUCUACCUUUACGAAGACCCAGACGAUCUAUACACUUCAAGCUCGCAUGUAUUCAUGUGAAGUCGUGUCAACAGGGUUAGCAGACGACCAAGACGACGGAACUGUAGGAUUUGAACUCGUGCCUCUGGCUCAGAAUGAUGCAGACCGGAUUAGUCUCGCAGCUGCAAUUGUACUGUGGAAUCCCGACAGCGAACUAUCAUUUCGAAGCAAGAAAGGAUACAAGCGAUGGAUUGGCCUAGCAGAGAGUAUUAGCGGAGGAGCUGCUGGAGUGACAGCAGAAACUCAAGCGGUUGCAGACGAUCUAAACGCUGCGAUUGUGGGAGCAUGUCAGGAUGGAAUUAAAGGCGGAGGACCAAGCUCCGGAAUUUUUAACGUGAGUUUGGUCGAUACGAGUUGUGCGCAGGUGACAGCAGUCCACGUGGCUUGGAUUGCAGCUUGGGUGAAAGAGCAGAGUGGUUCGCAAUGGAUAAAGAAUAGUCUGUUAGAUCAGUGGCGACGAGGUGUAGCUGGUGAUCUUGAUAUUGAGCCUUAUCGUGAUGGUCUUCAAAGUGGCCUAGAACUCACAACAGGAUGCGAAUCAACUCUCAGUUCGUUGAGUGCGAGUGAAUGUUCGACGAUCAUCAGUGAGAAUGGCACACAAUAUGAAGUUCCCCGUGAAGCUCUUGAUCUAUGGGAUACAACACACAAAGCUUCGUUUCUCACUACCAAGGGGUUUGCAUUGUGGGAAGCAUUGGCUGUGGCUAUUGAAUCCAAUGAUGCUCCAAGUAAAGACUCUGCUCAAAAAGAUAUCACAAGGCUUUGCAGUGCCUCCUCAACGUGGGAAAUCUGGAUGGAGCGAGUGUUCCAGUGGCUACAGCGAUGGAAAACCAAUGAACACCUGGAGCGCGAUGUGUUGGGUCAUUGGCUCUACGCCCGUUGCCCAACUACAGCGAAGAUUGAACGAGUCAUAUCGGAGCCAACACCUCAAACGUCCACGGUCUCUUCUUGUACAGAGUCGUACACUGCUACACUCUCGUCGACUCUGGAUGAGAUCCAGCAAUUUGCUUCACGACCAGUUACUUUCUUCGACGCAAAUGUCGCCCAAACAGCAGCACUUAUCCAACCUACAAAAACUGUCGACGUGACCGAAUCCUGGACAAAAUGUGAACCACUGGCAUCGUCUAGCUUCACGAAAACAGUAGGGACUCGACAAAGCAGGAACACGUUUCAAGCGUGUAAUUUACUCAGCAUUCUCGCGACGCUGGACAUGGAUCCAUCCGAAGUCACACCUAUGGACGCAACAUUUGAGCUCAACAGAACUAGUGAUGUCGCUAUCUCUAUUGAAGUAGCUCAAGUAUUGUGGGACUCCCAGUCAGACUUCAGUCUCCUAAAUUCCACCUCGUUUUUUGAGAAAUGGUACCCAGCGAUCGAUCGAUCCACUGCGCUCCAAAAGGUUGAAAAUGACAUGGAUACUCUAGUUGGGAGCUCUUCACCCUGUGACUUAUCAGUGCUUCAAGACUACCUCUUGCAGUGGGAAAGUAGUGACGCUGCGGCUGUCAGUGUUUGUUCCUUGUGGAUCUCUACUAACGUCGCUAGCGUAGACGUAGAUAUCCAUCAAGCUGGUGAUCAGCGUGGCUUUGAGCUCGACAGGAAUACUUAUUACAAGGGAACGGCGAAUUCAUUGACUCUACCGACCUUGGAGCAGGCGAAGAUGUUGUGGCAAACUGACAGUGUGUACUCAAUUAUUCGAAGCGAUUCGUCUACUGAUGACGCUGGACUUCCCACAGGAUUCCGAGCGUGGGAGGAAAUGUUCGAAGGUGUGGACUAUGAGGCCGAACACUUGGUAUCUCAAUAUCCGUUAACCAAUCAAGUGGCACAACCAACUGCGAUGACUCAUUCUCUGAACGAUCAAAAGCGAGCUCAGAUACUGGCAGCGAUGAUCACUGCGACUUCUCUGUCGGAGGCUCAAAUUCGAGGCAUUGCCCGCUGGUUGUUUAAUUGGGCUAUCGACGAUUCACUACGAGAUUUUGUGUUGUUCCAGUGGGCGACAGCUCCUGGUCAUAGCGAGAUGGUAUCGUCAAGUGCGGGAUUCGUCGCUGUUUUUCCAGGUUUAUCAAUUGGAUAA